GGGUUACGGUCCUUUUCAGAACUCUUUUGUGAAUUGGGCAUGAAUAUCAUCACGUCAGGAUAUUACUUUUAGAGAAGAAUACUUCAGUUUUCCUUAAAUGCCAUUUUAAACUAUGCUACAUUUAUAGUAGAUGACAAAAAGAAAGAUGUAAUGGGCAGGUCUCCAUUCCCAAAACAGCAGAAAUAAGAUAAGUCUAAGGUCUCCGAAAUCAUGUUAACAAGUCAGGAUAUCAUAGUGUGUGAAGUUUGUGAGAUUGAACCUCUUCAGCAUUUCUGCAAUCAGUGUGAAGUUCGUCUGUGCAACAACUGUGUCAUUACACAUCUGGGUUCUGAAUCUGUAGAGGGGCACACCAUUGUUCGAUAUAAAUACAGAGAUGCUCGGAAUGUUAAACCAAGACAGUGCUCAACACAUCCAACCGAAAACAAAACGCUAUUUUGCAAAAACUGUGAUGUCCAAAUAUGUACCAAGGGAUUUUUAGAACACUUGGAACACGAAGUUACGGAUCUAAAACAGUUUAUACAUUCGAAAUAUGUAGAUAUUGACAAAGAUAUGGGCUUGUUGAGGACGAAAGUCCAACCAGAUUUUGAGUCUGGUAUUGAAAAACUAAACCAAAUCUAUGAAGAGGCCAGCACAAGAUAUGAUCAAGAACGUCAAAGGAUGGUUGAUGCUGAGAAGGAAUUACAUGACAAAGUCACGGCGGCUAUGAAAGCUUUGCUCGAUGAAAUGGAAACCAGAAGAAAUGAAACUUUGACGGGGUUGACAGAUUUGAAAACGAAUAUCGAGGCAAAGCUACAAACUCUUGAUCAAUUCAUCGAUAAAUGUGAAGCUGCAAAGACAUCUGUUGAAGACAUUCUAAGAAUCAAGUUUGAUGAAGGCCUAUUGGAUAUGGAGCACUCGAUUAAGCUGGUAUUUCCACAAUAUGUUUCUCUAAACAAAUGGACUGUUGACGUCGGGGCCUUCAAAAGUAUAACUGAAAGUCGGAGGAUAUUGGAGAUCGAUGUGGAAAGCAAUAAGCAGUUGUCUGUGUCAUGCAGUGUGUUGCAAGAUAAAAACAACACGGAGGGGAACGAGGAGGGUGAUUUAUUUCUUUAUGCAAAAGAAAAGACUGAAAAGGUCAACGUUCUCUUCAUGGAAAAUACAGACCAGCAGCCAAUGGUUAAUCUACUGGAGAAUUGUCGCCGAUAUAAAACUGAACUUCAGCUAGGCCAAGACUUAGAGGAAGCCCAGAAGGAAUAUCAAAACCUUCUAAAACGGACAAAAGAAACGCAGUCCCUGGAAACAGUUUUACAAAUACAGAAGAAUGAACCGCCAUGUGAAUUAAAUUUUGUUAAUGAAGACGGACGCAGGAAGGCUCCGAUGCUUUAUGGUAUUAUCAGUAGUGUUUCUGAGAAAUGUCCGACUUCCAAAUGGAGGGAUGCUGCGAGAGAAUUCAUAACCUUGACAACGCAUUCAAAAUCAGAACCUCAGUGCUCGAAAAACCAGAGACCACGAUCCUCCUCUGGUUACCAAAAGAAGACAGAGAAGAAGUAUAGAAACAACAUAGAGAUGUUGCUUGACCAAGAGUGGCAGUCAGACUUUAUUUCUAAAUCUGCUGUGGAAUAUGAUUACCGACAUUUCUUUACCUCGGAAAGCGUUCUCAGGUCCAGCUUCCCAGAUGCCUACAUUUUCGAUCUGGCCAACUCCAAGAUAAGUAGUCUGGAAGAUGUCCCCAUGGAGUUCAGAAACAAAACGCUGUGUACUUUUCUCGAGACGAUUGACAUGAAGAAGUUCGGAGUGGACCCGCGUGAGGCCUGGAGGGAUUAUGGUCGAUGUAUCCUGGCCGAGAAGCAGUUAGACCUAGCUCGUCGAGCUGUGGGACCUGAUUUGGAUAAGAACAUGUUAAUCAACAAACAGACUUAUUACAAAAUACAGAAUGAGCUGCAGGAAAAGACACAGGAAAUUGAAGAACUGUCUACCAGACUGAGUACGUUUGGCGGCCAACAGUUGACCGACGGCAAUCCUAACAUUGCGGAUCUGAGUGACACCCAUCGGCCAACCAGACUGGGGGAGAUGUACAGUCAGCUGUUUGACGAUGAGUGGUCCGAGGCGUUUGAAGCCUUCAAACCUAAAAGAGAAGAAGAUGAAGAUGAUGAUGACGACGAUAUAUUUCCUGACAUACUAUUUAUCUUACAGAACAUGUUAAGGGAAGCUUUUGAAUUUUGUAAGAACCAGUCCCAAAAACAGAUGACGGAACUGGAGGACGGAUUGGCCACUAUUACUGGGUUAAAGGAACCAAAGUCUGGGGGACAAUCGUGCGAACAAACUGGAACAUCUAAUUUAGAAGAAGAAAAAGAGAAACCUAAAGUAGAAAAACCAGAAGAAGAAAGGCAAAAUGACGGACAAGACGACAGACCGGAAGUGAAAGGACAGAAAAGGAGACUAGAAGAACCGAAGGAGGACAUUGAACACAGCGAGUACCGGACUGACCCAUCGUUUCCAAUGAUCGAGAGACACGCCCGAUAUUUCAGAAUGACAGCAGCAGGCACAUCAGCUCAGACAAAGUCAAAGCUGUUCAUUGAAAUGAAACUGCCAACACUUGUGAAGGAUGAGGAUAUUCGAUCUGAUAUUCGGACCUUGAUGUACGCCAGAAAAUGUGUAGAAUUGUGUUGGUAUAUGUGUGUGCAAGAUCCGCCUAUGGUAAUCAUUACUCCCCAAAAGGGGGAAGAAAUCGAUAAGGGCUUGUUUUCUUUUCAUGGACGACGUGGGAAGACGGUAGAGGUAUGUGUGUGGCCAGCUCUUCUGCUUCAUGAUAACGGCCCCCUGGUGUGUAAAGGAUACAUCCUGCCAGAAGAGAGGAAACGAAAGAAAUAGAGUUUAUCACGUAACAAGAACACUGUAUAUCAUAUAAUUAUGGCUGACUGCAAUACCGGAGAAUUAUACAGUGUAUAUUAUACGCAUGGCUUUUUCAACUGGGUUAUAUCAAUUUUCAAAGCUUUAUUGUCCUUUUUGAUUGUUUGAAUGCAAUGAAGUGAUCAGAGAGAAACGAAUCAUAUCAUUGCUUGUGUACGCAUUGUUUGUAUAAAGUUUUGAGUACGCUUUACUAUCGGCCUACUAUAUUCUUAUUGAUGCCAUAAUACACAUUUGUGUUAAAAUCGUUAGGUCAUUGCAAAUGGUUUGAGAGAUGAAAUUUUUUGAAUGUACAAUAUACUUUCUUUCAACUUUGACUACAUUGAUACAAGUGCUGUUUGAUAUGAUUUUGUCAUAACGAUAAGACGAAAUGAGUGUUAUUUAUCUUGAAUAAUAAAUUUCAAUAUAACUAAAA